CCGGCGGGUUCCACCCAGUCCACCGCUGCUGUCUGUUCCCGCCCGGCCGUCCGUACAGACCCAGCGCCGCUAUGCCCAAGUGCCCCAAGUGUGACAAGGAGGUGUACUUUGCCGAGCGGGUGACGUCCCUGGGGAAGGACUGGCACCGGCCAUGUCUGAAGUGUGAGAAGUGUGGGAAGACGCUGACCUCGGGGAGCCAUGCUGAGCAUGAAGGCAAGCCCUACUGCAACCAUCCCUGCUAUGCCGCCAUGUUCGGGCCCAAAGGCUUUGGGCGAGGUGGAGCUGAGAGUCACACUUUCAAGUAGACCUAGGUUGUGGCGACCCCAUCCCUGGCCUGCGGGACCACUGCCCCUCCAGGCUGAUGCCCAGCCUUAACUCCAGGCACUUGGGGCUCCCCUGUAGCCCCUCAUGCCCUCAAUAAACCCAAUGCUGGGAAGA